AAUUGUGUAGUUGGUAAAAGUAGGCGCACUAUUCAGGUUACGCGACCGAUAUGUCGUGAUUUUUUACAACGACAAUUCUCAAAGGUGCACUCAGUGAAAUCUAAACACCAAUAGGCUACGGAUGAAGCGCGGAAUGAAACGAUCGACCAACAAGUGGAGAGGCACGAUUCUUUAACUCUUCGUUAUCUUUGCUUUGGUUGAGGUUCUUCGCUUCCACCGAGCGAUAACAUAACCUCACAUUGCGCGUCGGCGGGUGUUUCGAUUUAGAAAGCGAAACAAACUCACAAUUGUUGCAAAGGUGUCAAUAUUGGUGCGCAUCGAGAAGAAACGGACGUAAUACGGCAAAAAAUAGGAAGUGAAAUGUGCAGUUAAAUAAUUCUUGGCGAUAACUCAAAUAGCUUGUUGAUUUACUUCAGUUUUCACUCGAAUGUUACGCGCCUCAACGUAACGACGUUGAGUAUUGCUUUUGUGUAUUCUGAAACGCUAAUGAGUUUUUACGUUGAGCCAAAAUAAUCCUAGCUACGAUUAACAAUUUUUGUGCAGAGUCGUAUCGGUGACGGUUCGAAAAAGUUGUACACUUGACUCAGUUAGAGAGCAAUUAUAGCUGGUCAUUAUCAGUGUUCGUGGUUUGUUGCUGUAUAGCUCUGAAAGGGCUGUGCGUAAACGACAGUCCGAGUGAAAUCAUGGCUCAACAGCAAAGGUUACAGCCGCUCGCCGGUGAUAUACUGCAGCAUCAACAAACUCAGCAGCUUUACAAUGAGCAAGAGCCGAUGGAAGAAGACGAGGACGAGGAUGUUUCCGUUGCAGGCGAACAGUCCAGCCGCGGCGAAAAGCGUCGUUUUUACGAGCAAUACGACAGCGAUGAGGACGACUUUGCUGGAUUUGACGAAGAUGCAACUAGCAGUGAAAACGGUGUCCUGAAUUCGCCACGGGCGGUAGAUUAUUUAUCGGACGCUAUAUUGUCGGUGGCUGAAAGAAAACAUGCCGAGGAGGAUGUGGAUUUCAAUAAUACUUCCAAACAGGUUCGUUUCUUGCCGAAGAUUGCUGUCGAUAUUGAAUCUAAUUUUUUAUUGUUUGGUCUGCAGGACGACAUGGAAAACACUGCAAACGAAUUAAAUAAGAGCGCUGCUAAAAAGAAGACCAAUAUUGUUAUAAACACGCAGGACGAUGUAUAUAAAGAGCCUUUUAGAUAUGGAUGGAAGCGGGAAUUGGUCUAUCGAGCUAAUAUGGAUGGAAACAGCAAGGAUAAAGGAGAGGUAUACUACAUUACACCUCAAGGAAAGAAGUUACGUACACGUAAUGAUAUCGCAGCUGCACUCCACGAUGAUUUAACUAUUAAUAAUUUUACCUUCGUGAAGGAGCCAGUAGGAGGAAAACCGGACGAAGAAACCAUAAGGAGCGCAAAAUCUUACGGCAACGCACCAAAACGGUCAGGUUCCGGAAAUUAUCCAUACGCGCUGGAAACACCCCCUGGUGACCUUGGCAAGCGAGUGCCAAAACCUAAAAUGCCGAAAGGAGCUAGUCCGCCUCCACCUUCGUACUCGCGGACCUCAUCUCAAACAUCGAAAGGUCACACCAACGCUUCUAGCCAUCAGGUCAUUGGAAUAACAAAGGCAAAUGAAAGCAUUGGAAUUGUCGGAAAGCCAUCGAAAUCGUCGGGAAAGUCCAAGGCGGAGUCUUGUACCAUUCAAUGUUUACCCGCGAUGGGAAUGAUACCGAUGCUACAGUGCAUGGUGUGCUUCAGUAUGUACCACCCGGAAUGCGUGAAUGCAACCACAGCCGAAGCGUUAGCUCGUCGAUUCACUUGCAAGAGCUGUUUGGAAGAAUCCGCGGCGGCGGAAAUGCAGCAGCAGCAAGCAUACAAAGAAUCGUUUGGGAAGUUCGGCACCAGUGGUAACGAAAAUGGAAGUGGAGCUGCUGUCCCAAAACCGCUAUCCGCACCGAACAAUGGAGGAUCGUUGAUAGCGAAUCAGACGGCAUCUUCUACACCACUACCACCUACGACAUUACAGGCGAAGGAGAAAAGCAAACGCAACUCCCAGCAAUCGGCGGUCGCAAAGGGUGUCAUUACUGCCUUAACUGCGCCACCAAGUAGCAAUGUUGGAAAGGAUAUUCCUCCGCAGGAUGUUAUUGUUAUCCGUAACCAUGAGUACGUGGUUGUACCGAAGGGCAAAGCAACAUCCGUAAAAUCAUCCAAAAAAGCUUCCACGAAAACGGCCAACAACUCCCAGCACCAGAUAGCUAAACUUCCAGACGACGGGCGCAAAACGACCAACAACGUAUCAAGCAACAAGGAAGUGGCGAGUACUCAGGAUAGACUUUCCGAUGAUGAAGCGAAUGCUCAACUGAUUGUCGGUGAUGGCCCUCUUAAAAAUCAUAGCACCACCGUAAAGAUCGUGCAUAACAGCAGCACAACAGUGCAACACUACGGAGCCCGUGAUCCGUCCAACUUCCUGGCUGAAGUUUCAGCGGGGUAUAAUUGUUUAAUGCACGUUUUUGAUUACCUGAAAGUACAAGAACUUCUUCGCGCCUCUAGCGUGUGUCGCAUGUGGAACCAUGUGGGGAAUCAUCCUCGCUUUUGGAAAACUGUACGUAUGAAGAACUCGUAUGUGAAGGAUUGGGCUGGAAUGAUCGCAAAGUUACGCAAGAACGACACAAGACAUCUGGAUCUGCGGAAAGUUUUGAAUGCCGGCAGCAACGAUGAGAUGUGGCAGCGAUUUAUUGAGCACAUCGGGCAAGCGGAUAAGAUAGAUACAAUUGACCUGUGUCGCUGUUCUUCGUCGGUGGUCGGCAGUCUGCUGCAGUCCAAUCCAAAUCUUCGCGUAGUGAACGCACUGGCGAUCAAAAACGAUCCCAUUGAUUUUGAAAAUUUCGAGCACGGUGUGCAUCUGGAGGAGUUGCGCUUGAAAUCUUCCGCCGCAAUCUCGCUAGAUGGCGAUCUUCAUCAGCUGGGAGCUUUGCGCCAACUCAAACACCUAUCGUUAACAUCCAUCGCGAAGCUCGGUAGCACUUCUAUAGAUGCUUUGGGUUCGUUGGUUCUGUUGGAAUCGCUGGAGCUUGGUGAAUGCACCGAAAUCGGAGUGAACCUAGCCACUGUCCUCCCAAGUCUGACAGCACUGAAGCGACUGCGGUUGGAGAAAGGCCAGGAGAACUUUGAUAUGUUUAGCGUCUUCCAGGGUAUCUCGUCGGUAUCCAGCUUGAGGCAGCUUGAGCUCAUCAACUGUGACAUAAAAACAGGCUUCGACAAAUACUUUGCCGUUUGCUCCAACUUGAAAAGGUUGCUGCUCAUACCCACCUACGUGUCUCAGUCUGCCGCCACGAAUCGCAUGAUUUUGAAGGGUCUCAUGAAACUAAACCAAACGCUCGAGACGGUUGUGUGGGCCAUAACGGUCGAACUUCUGCGCGUCACGGAGUUGUACAUUGAUGCGAAUAUUGAGGAUGCGCAGAGUCAACUCGGCGGAAGCAUUCCCAUUCUAAAGCCGGUUCCGGGAAGCGACGAACCUGUGGAAAUCGCCUCUGCCAGCUCACAACCUGAUCUACCCGAAGAGGUGGAGAUCGUGCCUCUGAAAAAGGUACAAAGCAUUCUCGAUCGUCGAGUACCAAAUACGAAGGUACAGAUUUUAAAGAUUCCAUUCGGCAACACGUGGAAGCAAACGAUGAGCGAGUUUACGUGAAAUCAUUACAAAACUGCUGUUGCAGCAAGCUUAAGCAGCUUCCGGUCGAAAUGUUGUCAAAAAGAGUUGCGACCACAAUCGAAUUGGUUGGUAGGAGAAUGGAAUUCUCGGUUCAAAUGUAAAUAUUUCAACAAAUAGCUCGUUGCAAGUUUCGUGGUAUGUCACACGAUAUACACGGAAAAGAUAUAAGUCUUGUGUACACGAAUGGAAUGAGCAAUGCAGCGUAUCAUCGAAAGGUUUUUCGUGAUUUCGGUUUUUCAAGACUAACGUCUAUGAUCUAUGAUCCGUUUUCAAGACAUUACAUUUUCGAUCAUUUCGGUAUCUUUUUCUACUAGUUUUGAAUAUUAUUUCAAUUGAAUUUCGAAGGAAUCAAAAAGAUUUAUUGCGUAUUCUUAAAUAAUUGAGCUACAUGUAUGUUAUUGAUUUAGUCUCAAAAUUGCUUUAGUUUUGUCCUUCAUGAUUAGAAUAGAAGUUAGUUGUUAUAAGCGGAUAUGUAAGUAAUCUGUAUAUUUUGCUAAUACACAGGAAAUCAUAA